GAUUAUCGUUAUGUACUGCAAUAAUUGUAUCAAUUUACUUUACAGAAAAAUCAUUCGUCACGAUGGCCCGCGGCAGCUCUGCUUCCACGUACGAUCCCGUGUCUACCCACACGACGUUGGAGGAGGCGAAAUUGGCACUGCACGCGCUCGACGCGUUCCUGUACGUGACAGCCUACAACUAUGGCGCUUUCGGCAACGGUAGAGUGUACCGCUGCAUCUCGCACGAAGACUGUGAACGUCGGGCCCGUAUCCUCGAGUGCUCAAAAGACGAGGAGGAAAUUCCUGUCACUUUUCAAUUAGCAGUUGCCGGUGAGCACGGAGACCAAAUCACAAAUCGAAAGCGGGUAGGAAUCGACCUGUCUGUUAAGGGAGAAGUGGACGACCUGCUCGCUAGAGGCAUGACCCCCAAGAAGUGCCUCGUUACACUGCAAAACAAGUAUGCGGACCAACCAGCAAUGCUGGUGAAGAUUCCUGAUCAAGGUCAGGUGAAGAACAGACUCCUUACCCUUAGAAAGCAUAACUGGAAUAUACCAGGGGCUACAACCACGUCGUUGCCUCGUCGGGGUCGAAAACGACGCGGAGGGUGGGACGAGAGUUCCGAAUCCGAGUACGAGACGGAAACUUCGACUGUUGACGGCGAUACCAGUAGUAAGCAGUCCGAAGAGAUCGCCACCGCCGAGGACGACACCAGUAGUAAGCAGCCUGAAGAGAUUGACACUGUCGAAGUUGAUAGUGAAGAGGGAGAUCAAUUUGACAAGGAGCAGUUGAUGAAGGAGUUUGCUGCGCUCCCUGGUCGACCAGUACUUUGGAGUAUCACGAAGAAAACGAAGUACAUUAAGGACAAGAGUACAGACGUCGUGACGGAGUGGACCACUGGUCAGGUGAUCGGGUGGCAGACUAAGGAGAGUUGUGCACCUAAGUGGUUGGUGCGCUUUACGGAUGGAGAGAAAAAGUUAUUCGAGCUUGAAGAGCUGGUCGAUGAGAUCAGAGAAGCAGCGCAAUUAGGACUGAAUGUCACGGGUCGCCCUCUCGACUUGUAGUAGUUGCUUUUCUACUGGUUUGACACGAAGUUGUGCUGGGAUUUCAAGUUGCCGGAAGCGACUUUUUAUUUCUUCUGCUUUGUCUCCAGAAUUCUGGAAUGUGCGGGGGUUCCAGGUUACACGCGGUAAUUUAUUAACCGUGACAUCCCGACGCAACAAGGCGACCAUUUUAUUUUUUCAAACGAGCAGUAUCUGUUGAAUCUACGUAAUUUACAGAAGGGAAUUGUAUUCACGUCCAGCGAGUUCACGGCUCUGCAUCACGAAAUUCAGCUACAUGCGCUGCAAGUAGUCAGAUAAUGAUCCGUCACCGCAGCAGGAGCGUUACUGACCGACGACAUGGAGUUUGAAUGAAAUGACACGUGUUUGAAGCAAGCGAAGGCCAACGGUGUGCACGCAUAGUGGUCCAAGCUUCAUGACGAACCUGGUGGGGUGACUCCAGUAGAAAAUGCCGUAAGCCCAUGUGAGGUUUUCUCUACCCGUAAUAUUCCUUCGUGAUACGCGCUACAGCAGCACACAACUCGAUAACAAUGUUUAUUUUCUUGCUUGCCUGUGGGAUAAUUAAGUGCGUUCCUACCAGAUAAAAACGUCCGUACUCAGUUUUGAACAUCCUCAUUGCAUAUGAACAUUACCUUGGUUGCGAAAUAGGUAGGAUAAAUUGCCCAGUAAUAAUAGUAUUUGUUUUGGCACGUAUGAA